AUGAGCGCACCCAUACACGUGAGAAACCUUUCAGCUGUCGUUGCAGCAGGAAAUUUACGAGACGGUGAGCAUGGCUCUGCUUCUCGCUUGGAUUUGAAAAUAACAAGUGACAGGGACCUGCUUUCUCGACACUUAAAGGUCAAAAAUGACCCUUCAUGCCACCAAGAGGUGCAACCUGAUAAGGAUGCACAUGACGAUGAAACAGAGUCAACUUCUUUGGCCUUGGGGUCCGAAGGCCAGGAAUCCCAGUUAGCGACCUGUAUGACGAAGAAACCUCUACAAGAAGGAUCGCAAAGACAAGCCACGGCCAUGCAACACCAUACCGAGGCUAUGCAAUUUCACUUUCCGAUCAAUUCGUCCACCGAGAUACAUCAAGCAGACUUGAUGCAAGUUCCAAGUAAUUCCAUGCCUUCUCCAGGUACGACACGGCAGCUUUUCGACGAGAAUCUACAAGAUCUCAAUAUCUUGUGGGGCGGCAUGGACGGGAGCCUUUCACUUGAAGAAUACUUUCCUUUAGGUGCCGAGUUUCCGAAUGAUCUGAUUUCAAUUACUGGACUUGAUAAUCACGAACAGGCAAGUUCUUCGUUGACUGGGCCGUCAAGUGGUGGGACUUCGGGCGAUACGGUACCCGAUUGUCCUCAUUCCGAUGAUGAUGCAUCACUAUGCGAUUACCAACUUCCAUCAUUGAACCAACAUGAUGAGAUCAACUCUCAGGACGCAGAGGAUCUUUCCGAGCGUCCUGAUUCCCCCACAGAGCAGACAGAGAAUCAUAUGCUGUACCCCUGGCGUAUCGGAAAAGAGGAGUAUCAAUCUAUUCUUUCGCUAUUUGACAGUGUUCGGCAUAUUCUUGACGCAGAUUUCGUCUUCCCCUCCAAAUAUGUACUAUGCAGAUAUAUCGAGGGGUUUUUUACUGGCAGCCAUGGGCAUUUGCCUUUUCUUCACCUUCCGACAGUGUCCAUUGCGCGUUUGAGUCCACCAUUGAUUCUAGCAAUUAUUGCCAUGGGUGCACAGUAUCGAUUUGAAAGCAAGCGGGCUGUGUGCUUCUGCAGAGCAUCAAAAUCUCUGAUUGAUAAUUUUAUCUCUGUACAUGCGCCAUUUUCCCCGUUUUCCAACCCUGGGACUGAUAUUGACGAAGUGACCUGCUCCCAAAGGAUUGGAAUGGAGAUUCUGCAAUCGCAAAUUAUUCUCUCGACCCUGGGUAUCUGGGGACAUCAUGGCCUAUUGAGUGAUUCCAUCUCAAUGACCACACAGAUGGCGCAAACAUUUCGAGACGGGGCUCUACUCAAUGACGAUUAUUCUGAUUGUGAAACUUGGAACGCAUGGAUUCAGAAAGAGGGACAGCGACGCACUAUAUUUACAGCUUACAUGCUUUCAAAUAACCAAACAAUCUUAUACAACAUGCCACCAAAGAUCUUGAACAGCGAAAUGGCCACCACCUAUCUGCCCUCUUCCGAAGAAGUCUGGAAAGCCUCCAGCGCCACUGAAUGGAGGGCUCUCCGUUCAAAACAACAUCCUUGCGUCCCAUUCGGCACUGCAUAUGCCCGUUUAUUCCGAUCGAAGCAGACCCAAAGAAGAAGACCAAGCCUAUCAUCAUUCGGAAAUCUCAUCCUGAUCCACGGCAUCUUCCAAAAUAUCUUUCUCGCCUGGGAGACAGCCUAUUCAACGGCUUCACCAACCGAGAGACCAACAACCCUACCAGUCGACGUGCUCUCAAAAUUCCACACAGCACUCAGGCGCUGGCAACGAAGCUGGGAAGCAUCCUCAGAUCCCUCAACAAUAACUCCUUCAUCCCCCAAAGGGCCCUUAGGCUUCAACGCAACAGCCAUUUUCCGCAUCGCCUGCAUCCGCCUCCACUUGAACCUAGGCCCAUACCGUAAAUUGGGAACAUGGAAUCCAGAAAUAAUCGCAAAUGCUUUCCUCAAUGCCCCUAAGCCACCACAAUCACCGCAGGUAUACCACGCCGUCCUCCAAUCCAUCCACGCACUUUCCAUUCCAGUCCGACUGGGUAUCGAAUACGUCGCACGGACGCAGACAUUGACCUGGAGCACGAUCCACUCGCUCUGUAACCUGGAAUGCGCACUAUUCCUCUGCAAAUGGCUUGAGACUUUGGCGGAAGACCCGGGGGAUCUUCAUGCUGAUACGAAGAGGCUUUUGAGGAUUAUUGCGAGUGUGCUGCGAGAGGCUGAUCUGGUGACACCUAACGCUGCUGAUGUUGCCGGAGACGGAGGGCAGCAAUUGAGGCAGAUGGGUGCUGUGCUUGUGCGGUUGCUUUCGGAGAUUUUGAAAGGAGAGCAUGUUUUUGGCAUGAUGCGAGUUUUCUGUCAGGCGCUUAGGAUUUAUGCCGGUAUAUUGGAUAGGGGAGUCACAUAA